CGAUUUAGACAAUGUCGCUGUGUUGUAUAAACAUAACAUGACAUAACAUAACCUGGACUGAUACGGUGAGGUAUAUUUCUGGUCAGUCCUAUUCGAAACAUCAAGUUGGUGCUGCAUAAAAUUAUUCUGACGAGUAUUGUAUAUGCUGUAUGUAAUUUGUAAACCGAUUAUUAAUUCAUCUAUUUAAGCAAGAUGUUCAAAAAGUUUGACGAAAAAGACAGCAUUUCUGGCGUGCAACAAUUGAAAUCUUCUGUGCAGAAAGGUAUAAGGUCAAAACUCUUGGACCUUUAUCCGCAUUUAGAGAGCUAUGUAGACGCGAUUAUGCCAAAAAAAGAUUCCUUCCGCAUCGUUAAAUGUCAUGAUCAUAUAGAAAUUAUGGUUAACGCUGCUGGAGAACUGUUAUUCUUCAGGCAACGUGAAGGGCCAUGGAUGCCUACUCUCAGGUUACUGCACAAAUAUCCCUUUUUCUUACCUAUGCAACAAGUUGAUAAAGGUGCUAUACGUUUUGUAUUGAGUGGAGCUAAUAUUAUGUGUCCUGGUUUGACAUCCAAAGGUGCACGAAUGACACAGGUGCCAAAAGGGACUGUGGUUGCUGUCAUGGCAGAAGGUAAACAACAUGCCUUAGCAGUGGGAAUAACAUCAUUGUCGACAGAAGAUAUAGCAAAGGUGAACAAAGGUGUGGGUGUUGAAAACUGUCACUAUCUCAAUGAUGGACUGUGGCAAAUGAAGGCUGUAAAGUGAAUAAUCAAUUGUACCUUUAUUAUAUAAUGACAAUUAAAAUAAUGUCUCAUCA